GGGGGUUCCUCCUUGGAGACGGACGGACUGUUUUCAAACCCACAGCAAUACAACUGGAAAACAGACGUCAGGCUAAUACAGCUACUGUUCAUGUCCCAAUCAUUUCAGGGAAAUUACUCUUUAUAUUCACGUUGUUCAUAUUCAUGGAUGAACACGAAUGAACAAGAGGAAAACAAAACGCAUUGGAAAAGGGGCAUGAUGAGCGUGCUGGGCCGUAGCUGUCGUAGCUAGUCACACGGUGGGUGGGAGGGGAGGGAGUCCAUCCGCACCACCAGCAACACUGCACCAUGGCGAAACCCGGGGCCGACAGAGAUGGAUCCAUGGUGGACAAACCGACUGGGAAGAAGAGCAAAGAUAAGAUUUCCCUCUUCACCAAGACUCCGAAGCUUGACCGCAGUGAGUUUCUGGGGGGGAAGGAAGGGAAACCACCCAAGUCUAUCAUGAAACGCAAACUGUCCUUCACCGUGAGCCCCCCUUGCAACAAGGAGAGAGAAUCAGACACAGAUGAGUCAGACCCAGGCCAGUCCACUGAGUCCUGGGGAGAGUCUGAAGGGAGGUUAGUGACUCCCUGCAGGAUGUGUUUAGCAGAUAAAGAUGGCCCGGAUAAGAAGAAAGUCAAGAAGGAGUCUGGGGGGAGUAAGAAGGCCCCGGUUAAUCUCCUGUUUGGAUACCCGCUGUCGGAACGAAAGCAGAUGGCCCUCCUGAUGCAGAUGACCGCCAGGGACAACAGCCCAGACUCGACACCUAGCCACCCGUCCCAGGCCCCCCCGGUGCAGAAGAAGCUCCCCAGCAGCACGGCCUCCAGAGCGAGGGACAAGGUGAACAAGAGGAACGAGCGUGGCGAGACGCCGUUACACAUGGCCGCCAUACGAGGGGAUGCCAAGCAUGUCAAGGAGAUCAUCAGCCUGGGAGCUGAUGUCAACGUCAAAGACUUUGCAGGCUGGACCCCUCUUCACGAGGCAUGUAACCUUGGUUACUACGACGUGGCCAAGGUUCUGAUCGCGGCCGGCGCAGAAGUCAACACCCAGGGUCUGGACGACGACACUCCGCUCCACGAUGCCUCCAGUAGUGGACAUACAGACAUUGUGAAGCUGCUGCUGAGACAUGGAGGCAAUGCAUUCCAGGCCAACAAGAGAGGGGAGCGGCCCGUGGACAUCGCUGAUUCCCACGAGCUGGAGCUCCUCCUAAAGGGAGAGGUGCCCCUCUCAGACCCAGAGGACAGCUCCUCAGAGUCUGAAGACCCUCCUUCGGUUAACCCCUCAAGUGUGGACGUGGAUGAUGACAACAUGGACGACUCGGACAUGGAGAAAGUCUCUGAAGGCAAACGGAGCACCGUGAAGGCCUCACCCCCCAUGUCUGGCCUGGAUGAGUAUGAGUUCAAAGACGAGGAGGAAGAAGAAGACCUGAGUAAAGCCCUGAACGACAGACACAUCCUCCGGAGAGAGCUGAGGCAGGAAGAGAAGGAUCAUUUGGCCGUGAAGCAGAGCGGUAAAGGGGACGGGAGCGUCUCAGUCCAGUCCUCUAAGUCUAAGAAGACGAAGACGUUGUCCCGCAUCCUGUAUUGCACCUCGGAUAGUUCCAGUGAUGAGAUGGAGAUGCCGUCAGAGAGAAGGAGCUCUCCAACCUGUUCCCACGGCUCGGAGGGACACAAGGCGUCAGACGCCAGCAGGACUAAGAAAGAGAACCUCUCCGAAAAGAAAGACAAAGGCAGCAAAGUAAAGAAGAAGAACAAGAGCAAGAGUAAGAACAAGGAGAACCAGGAGGAUAGGAAGGAAAACAGCAAAGCUCUGGUGUUCUCCGUAGCCACUGUGUCUGUGUCGGAGACACACGCAGACAAGAACAACCGGGGACUCUGUGGGGACGAAGACUCGUUCAAGAUGUCCUUCAGUCCCAAGGAUGACUCGUCCGUCCACCUCUUCCAUCUGUCUGCCACCGUCAAGUCCCCCAAGCUCAACCACGGCCUGGCCGACAAGCAGCCGUCCUCCAACCCGCUCAAACAGGAGAACGCCAAGAUGACGUGCGUCUCGAUUGCCGAAGGUCCCUGUCCGCCGGAUGGUGUCAAGUACAACCACUACAACCCAGAGUCUGAGUUCUGCACGGAGAGCUCCAGUAGUAAAGGCUGCAAGCACAAGGAGAAGAGCAAGCACCACCAGAAUGACGUCAUCAUGGACGCUGGUGGUGGUGCGGGGGUGGAAGAUGGAGGCUCCAGUCCGUAUAAUAAAGAUGGCGGCGUUGCCAACAGCGUGGACAUCUCUGAAGGUGGUGCCUUACGGAAGACGGAUAAGGACGGCAAGGUGGUCAAGAAGCACAAGUUAAAACACAAGGAGAAGGACAAGCCCAGGAGGGAGUAUGAGCCAGAAAGGAACCGCCACCGGCAGAAGGAGGGCGGCAGAAAGGACGGCCACAGGAACCUGGAAUUCGACCGGGAGUUCUGGAAAGAGAACUUCUUCAACGAUGACGACCCUUUGCCUCCAGGGAAAAUGGAGAGGGAGGACUGCGGAUCUCCUCAGAAUACCUCAACGUCGGGCAGCUCUCCUGUGAAGGAAGAGAGAAAAGAGACGAAAGAAAAACACCCCUCUAGCAUCAGCAGCAAGGAGAAAAGGCCGAGAAGAGAAGAGGAACGCUUGAAGAAGGAGAGGAAAGAGACCUUGGCUGUCUGUAAAGAGGAGAGGGGGGGAAAGGAUGGGAAGCUCAGUGAGCGUGAGGAAAGGACUGAGUGCCUAAGCUCUGUACGGGUUUCGGUUCCUGAGGAGACGCAGCGUAACUCCACCAGUGUGAAUGACGAACCGGAGGAGAAACCGGUAACGGGGACCACGUCUACAGCUGAUUCAGACCAGCUGGAUGCCUCUGAGAAAUGCCGGCGGGACAAAUACGACAGGAGGCCUUCUGUAAAGGAACGUGAGGUUGACAAGACGGAUAAAAAGCAUCCCGACAGAGAAAAGAAAGUCAAGAUUGAGCACCCUGAGAAAUCAGAGAAUUCACAGAAUUCCAUGGAUCGCUGGAAAGAGAGGGAGAAGGAAAGGAUGGCAUCCCCUGGUGACAAGAACCACAAAGAGAUUGAGAAGCUCAGAGCCUUGUCCUCGACUAAAAAAUACGAGGAGAGCAAGGACAAGAAGAGCAAAGACAAGCCAGAUAAGAGGAGUGACAGGGAGAGGCUGGAGAGGGAGUACAACGCGGGAGAACACAAAGACAGGACGAGCUUUGAUAAGAAAGGAAAACAACCUUUAGAGAAAUCCAUGGACCACAGUAAAUCCGAUCGCUCUAAGGAAAAGGAGAAAGACAAAGACUGCGAUAAGAAGAAAAGGGAAAAAUCUAAAGACAGCGCUUCCUCAUCUUCCUCCUCCUCUUCUAACCUGAAGCUCCUCUUGGAGGAGAAGGGCUAUGUGUCUGAAAGUUGCAAGACAUUACCAGCAAAACUACUAAAGACAGAGGACCUCCCAAAGACGCCAGAGAAAGACCGAGACAGGAGAGACCGAGAAUCCAGAGACUCGGACAAGCACCGAGAUCGGGACAAAGACCGUUCCAAGGACCGUUCCAAGGAGGGUGGCAAGGCCAGUAAGACCAAACCCAACGAGACGGAGACUGACCGAGACAACCGGUCCAAAGCUAAAGCCUUGACUGCCACCCGGGAAGAGCAGAAGCCCAAAGAGAAACGUCUGGUCAACGAAGACCUGAGGCAGACCAGCUUCGAACGCAUGCUGAGUCUGAAGGACCAGGAGAUUGAACAGUGGCACCGGAAACACCUAGAAAAGAUCAAACAGAAGGAGCGGGAGAGGAUGAAACAACGGCCUUCCUCUACGACGACGGACACAGGGAAGCUCAAAAGCAAAGCCAAAGCCAAGACUACGUCCUCGUCUUCUGGAGAACUGUGCUUGAGCAAAGAAUUGCUUCGCUCCAAGAGCUCUGAAGGCUCCACCGACGUUCACUGUCGCGACAGAGACAAACCCCUUAAGGACAGCACCAGCUCCAGGACCAUGUCUCUGGACGGGAAGGCACUUUCCUGCCUCAGUGGGAAGCUGAUGGCUGGUAUAGAGAACAGCUUGAGCAGGUCACCCAGGCCAGAAAGCGAGCGGUCGGGUCUUAUGUCCAGGUCUGUGUCUAUGAUCUCUGUGGCCAGCUCUGAAGACUCCUGUCAGGCUACAAUGCUGACACCGAGACCUAUUGAGUACGACUCGGAUAUGACCCUGGAAACCUCCCAGGACUUUCAGCUGCCUUUCCUCCUGUCUUCCUUCCUCCCAUAUCCUGCCGUUCACGACAAAGACGACAACAGUCUUCCAGAAGAGCCGGGGCAAGGCAACCAGACUCCGCUGCAGAGCAGACACGCUUCCCCUUGCCUUAGGGCUAUUCUGGACGAAGACGCUAACUGUGCGACGGCGUCUGAGUGCAAACCUAUCGAAACUCUGUCCAAGGUCGCCGUGGUGCCUGCUGCUCAACCCAGUGAAGAGUCCACAAGUGUUCAGCCUUUAGAAACCUGUGCGGAUCCAAAGGAGAGCCAGAGUCAAAGUGAUCCAAUUCAGAUGCUUCCGAAUCUUCCUAAUGCAAUAACAGAUGCAGAUCUCAACACCGAGAGUGAAGGGAACACCGCUUCAGGUGUCUAUCUCCCACCUCAAGCGUCCAACACCAGCGAUCCUCACGUAAAGGACUCCUCAACACUUCAGCAGGCUAGUGUCCAACAGCUAGCUACGCCAGAACAGAGAGGGUUUUCUUCCACCUCUGAUCCUCUCCUAAUACGGGACGUCCAGUGUAUCCCUGUGGAGACCUCCAGUGCGGCACCUGAAUAUAGCAUGAAAGACCUGCCCUCUGAGGACAUGACGCCACUGGUGACAUUAUCUUCUCUAUCCUGUCAACUGCCGUUCUCCAGCACCGAAACUACAUCUCUCUCUGCUAGCCAGUCACGGGAAACCCUCCUUCCAAACACCAGUACGGUGACCUCACAGCAGACGAAGACAGAGAUUAAUGGAGAUCUGGUUCUUGAUUCUAAAGAUAAAACUCCAGUUGAGAGUGGAGCUAGCAGCGCUGAAAACAGAGCAGCUGUAGAGAGCCUUCAGAGUGCGUUAGGAGCGUCUAGACCUGGAUGGAUGGACAACCCAGUAGCCUCCACCAGCAAACACCCACCACCCAGCGCUAGCUCAGAGGACUCCAUGAUGACCACCAGCAAACCCAAGGAUUCUCAAGAGGAGAUGGACACUGAUGGGAACAGUAAAGACUGUAAGAAAUCCAGAUUCUCCAGUGACAUUGUGGGUCCUAGCGAUCCUCAGCCGGACAAAAACUAUCCUACUGGCCAGCUUACAUCAUCCGCUCUGUCGCGCUGCUCGAGCCCUGAACACAAGGAAGAAGAAGAACCUUCUGACGCUCCUGAGAAGUGGAGAGGUCCUGAGGCCAUGUCAACAGAAAAGGCUAGCUGUUGGUCUUCAUCAGAGGGCAGUAGUAUGGUCACCGUCCCCGAAGUGAAGUCAGAGCCAUGCCAAGAGCCUACCUCUGAGGAGAGACCAGAAGGACAGACUCCCUCGAUUGUUGGAUCAGACCAGACCCAGAGUGUUUCUGGACAGAGUUGUAACUUCCAGCAGGGCUCCCGGACAGACCAGAGUGGUAGUAGUGGUAGUUACAGCUGCAGUGGGUUUUCUGCUAGCUCUUCCCCCCAGUCUGGGGACAGAGACUCUGACUCCUCCGGGGCUAAGGCCAAGGUCCUCUCCCUAACCAUGGAAGAGGACCAGGACUUCCAGCAGACCCAUCCCAGGAAGAGGAAGAUGCCCAGGUUUUCUACCUCCAACCAGGCUGGAGGCAGCAUGCAGCAGGAGUCUCUGGCGGCCAUCGUUGACUCUCUGAAGCUGGAGGAGAUUCAGCCGUACCAGACGGAGAGGGCCAACCCUUACUACGAGUUCCUGCACAUCCGCAAGAAGAUCGAGGAGAAGCGUAAAGUGUUGCUGAGCGUCAUCCCCCAGCCGCCGCAGUAUUACGACGAAUACGUGACUUUUACUGGCUCCUACCUGCUAGACGGGAACCCGCUCAGCAAACUCUGUAUUCCAACUAUAACUCCACCUCCGUCUCUACCGGACCAACUGAAGGAGAUGUUUAAACAACAGGAAGUUGUUCGUAUGAAGCUACGCUUGCAACACAGCAUUGAACGGGAAAAGUUGAUUGUUUCCAACGAGCAGGAAGUGUUACGAGUCCACUACCGGGCCGCCAGAACGCUAGCCAAUCAGACGCUCCCGUUCAGUGCAUGCACCGUGCUAUUGGACGCCGAAGUGUAUAACAUGCCUCAGGAUGCCCAGGCAAGUGGCAUGAUGUCACGAACUGUAGAAUCAGGUGACCAAGAUGGCAAGACGUCGGUGCGGGAUCGUUUCAACGCCCGCCAGUUCAUGUCCUGGUUACAAGAUGUGGACGACAAGUUUGAUAAACUCAAGACGUGUCUUCUGAUGAGGCAGCAGCACGAGGCAGCAGCUCUUAAUGCUGUCCAACGUCUCCAUUGGCAGCUGAAACUCCAGGAGCUGGAUCCAGUCGUGUACAAGUCCACCUCCAUCUUCGAGAUAUCCGAGUUCUACAUCCCCCUGGUAGAGGUCAACGACGACUUUGACCUCACGCCCAUAUGACCCGUGACCUUUAGGCUCGGACCGGCAGUCAGGGGACCGAUGAUUAGGAAGGAUCAUCUAGUGGCCCAUCUACCGGUGAUGAGGAGAUGGAGGGAUGAAGGGAUGGAAAUCGUGAGGCACUUGGAACAUGGAUAUGUGUAGAGAGCACCACGUGUGUGUAUGUGUGUGUGUGUGUGUGUGUGUGUGUGUGUGUGAGCAGCACUUCUCGACAUGUGGCUAUUUUACCACUGAGCUCCUAUGGUAGACACCACAGACCUCCCUCCUACACCAAGAGGCCUGGCCUUAUCCUCCCUAGUGGCACACUGACUGCUUAUUCUGUUCUGGACAGGCCUGGAGCUCCACCAAGGCUCGGGGGCCCAGACCAUUCACUUACCCCAGGGGCCAGGGCCCGAGGCUGGGUAAAGGUUGGGGCAGCGCCAGGUGCUGCUGUCUGCUGAGAGGAGAGCGCGCCAGAGAGACCAAGCAUGGAUACUAUCCCUAUAUAGGGCACUAUGUGAAGUGUAUAGAAAAUAGGGUGCCAUUUCUGAUGUUUCCUAUGGAGUCGACCAUCUCUCUGCCCUCUACACCUCCUGAUGUUCCCUAUGGAGUCGACCAUCUCUCUACACCUCCUGAUGUUCCCUAUGGAGUCGACCAUCUCUCUACACCUCCUGAUGAUCCCUAUGGAGUCGACCAUCUCUCUGCCCUCUACACCUCCUGAUGUUCCCUAUGGAGUCGACCAUCUCUCUGCACCUCCUGAUGUUCCCUAUGGAGUCGACCAUCUCUCUGCACCUCCUGAUGAUCCCUAUGGAGUCGACCAUCUCUCUACACCUCCUGAUGUUCCCUAUGGAGUCGACCAUCUCUCUACACCUCCUGAUGAUCCCUAUGGAGUCGACCAUCUCUCUGCCCUCUACACCUCCUGAUGUUCCCUAUGGAGUCGACCAUCUCUCUGCACCUCCUGAUGUUCCCUAUGGAGUCGACCAUCUCUCUGCACCUCCUGAUGUUCCCUAUGGAGUCGACCAUCUCUCUACACCUCCUGAUGAUCCCUAUGGAGUCGACCAUCUCUCUGCCCUCUACACCUCCUGAUGUUCCCUAUGGAGUCGACCAUCUCUCUGCACCUCCUGAUGUUCCCUAUGGAGUCGACCAUCUCUCUGCACCUCCUGAUGUUCCCUAUGGAGUCGACCAUCUCUCUGCACCUCCUGAUGUUCCCUAUGGAGUCGACCAUCUCUCUACACCUCCUGAUGUUCCCUAUGGAGUCGACCAUCUCUCUGCCCUCUACACCUCCUGAUGUUCCCUAUGGAGUCGACCAUCUCUCUGCCCCCUGCACCUCCCUCGUCGAGCAGGGUUACAAAACAGGAGAAGGAGAAAAAAACCCCAUUUAAAUUCAGCUUUUGUUUUUAAGUGUUUAUUACAUCGUACACAGACUUGCUUUUUUAACUUAUUUUCUACAGACAGAUUGUGCAUUUGUAAAUAACCCAUGUAAUGAUGGUUUGAAACUUGUACAGAAAAAAAUAACUAAUAAAUAUUUUGAUUGUAAAACUCUUUUUUUCUUUUUAGAAGUUUUCGUCUGUUUUAAUGGACCAAAAUUUAAUUUAAAAUUUUUAUUGAGUCCGUGUGCUCUUUCUCUCUGUCAAGGUCCUUGUUGUUGUUGUUACUGUUGUUGAAAUCAAUGUUGUUGGCGUAACUCUUUGAGAAUGUCGGGGUCAGAUUCUGUUGUUCUUUUGGUUCUAUCAUUUUUGUUUUGUUUUUUUGUUUUUGGAGUUGGAUCCACGCACCACAUCAACGUGUUAUUUCUUUGACUGGUGAUUUGGAUGCUGUUGCCGUUUGUAGCUCUUAUUUCCUGAUCCCAGAAGAAGCUCUACCGUGGACUGUUGUGAUGGAGGUUUAACUGAAGUCACUCAGCUCUUUCCCUUUCGUUUUGUUCUGUCCUUUCACAAAGUUUGUGUCUGAAAUGGGACCCUAUUCCCUAUAUAGUGCGCUACUUUUGACCCCAAAUGGCACCCUAUUUCCUAUAUAGUGCACUACUUUAGACCAGGGCCCUAUGCAGGCUCUUGUCAAAAAGUAUUGCAGACCUGCCAACCUGCGUGCAGUUUGCGUAACAUAGGCAAAGUACUCUGCUAUGAAAAACAACUGUAAAAUACAUAUGAACAGGCUUCUAGUUUGCAGAAUGAGUUUUUUUUUUUAGGUAGUUUGCUCCUUUGCUGAGGGGUCAUUACGGCAAAGGUAGUUAGCUACAGCGUUUAGUCAACUAAGCGAGAACACGUUCUUGGCUGCACAUUUUGAUUUCCGUCGUGGUAGUAGGUCGGGAGCGCAUUAACGAGAAGAAGGAAACGUGUUGCUGAAGUUCAGUGCGCGUCGCCGUGUGGAACAGACAUGGCAGAGAGCUGCUGUUUCCCGCUGAUACCUUUUCUAUGAAGGUAUGUCAGACUGUUAAACAUUAGCAGGCAUUAUGUUAACGAGUACAUUGCAGUAAUUUCAUUAUUCUGAAUUUUCUCCACAAACAACAAAAUAAAGAAGCCAGUUUAUAUUUGACUGACUAAGGACAUAAAGACAGUUAUUUGUUAGAAUAGUCAUUACCGGGGUGGCACAGUGUAAAUGCUCUAAGGCUGUGCCACCAGAGAUUCUGGGUUCAAAUACAGACUGUCGCUGCCGGCUGUGACCAGGAGAACCAUGGGGCGGCGCACAAUUGGCCCAGCGUCCUUAGGGGAGGGGUUUGGCCGGGCAGGGAUGAUCCUUGUCCCAUCGCGCUCUAGCGACUCCUCUGGCAGACCGGGCGCAGUGCACGUUGACACGGUCGUCAGGUGUACGGUGUUUCCUCCGGUUUGGCUUCCGGGUUAAGUGGGCAUUAUGUCAAGAAGCGGUGUGGCUUGGUUGGUUUGUGUUUCGGAGGACGCACGGCUCUCGACCUUCGCCUCUCCCGAGUCCGUACGGGAGUUGCAGGGAUGAGACUGUAACUACCAAUUGGAUACCAUGAAAUUGGGGAAAAGAAGAAGAUUAGAUCUGCAAAUACAAGAAUAGUCAUUACCCCUAAAUUGAACCUAGAAAAAUGUGUUACUGAGACCACCACAAUUUAAUUUAAGAGCAAACACAAGACUUCUUGUUUGAUUAUAAUUUAAGACUAGGUUUCAGGAGAGGAGUUACAGGUUUUUCAAAAGUGCUCCAAUUUCCUGAGGUUGAAGUUGACUGACCCCCCAACCUUAGUCCUACAUCAGUCCCACCUUGUCAGAAAGCCCUGAUUUGUACAUUUUAAAUGUAUUUUUAGUUAGCUAGUGAAAGAAAAACAGCUAAUUACCAAGUACCCAUAGCUGGCUAUAGCCUACAAUUCCUCUUGAGGCAUUCAACAUCAUUAUUAGGCUCAAAUCGGAUUUGUUAGGCCUAUGAUUUGAGCAGUCUGGGUGCUGUUGGGGUCUAGAGUGUCGCCAGCGCUGAAGUGGUACUCAUUUAAAAAAAAAAAAAAUAUUCAGAUAUAUUAGUGAACUAUGC